AUGGCAUCGCGUUCUCGAUCCCCCUCGCGGGGCCGUCAGAGAUCCCUCACGCGCUCCGUGUCGUACCGCUCUGGCGAUUCGCGCUCUCCCCGACGACGACGCUACGGCUCGCGCAGUCCCUCGCGGUCCAUGACCCCGCCUCCUCGUCGCAAUGGACGAUACGGAAGCGACGGUCAAGGCUGGAGUCGAGACCGUAUUGUCGUGGAACGCUUGUCCAAGAACAUUAACGAAGAUCACCUGUACGAGUUGUUUGGCCAGUUUGGCCCCAUCAAGGAUCUAGACCUCCCCAUGAACAGAACUUUUGGGACAAACCGAGGGACCGCAUACAUCCUAUUCGAUCACGAAGCCGAUGCAGAAGCCGCAAUCUCACACAUGCACGAAGCUCAAGUUGACGGGGCCACCAUAAACGUGUCUAUUGUCCUGCCACGGCGGAAGCUCUCACCGCCGCCCCCGACAGCCCGCCGGGGCGCCAACAUUGAUCCUCGAAUUCCCAUGUCAGGCCCCCGAGGCGGCAACGGUCCUCCCGGGCGUGGAGGAGGAUUUAAUGCUGGCGGCGGCCGUCGUCGAGGCUCGCCAUCUAGCCGAUACGGCCCCAGAUCGGACGUGUACAGACCUUUGUCGCGCUCGCCGUCCAGGUCUCCAGGAGGCCCUCCUUCCCGUGGCGGCGGAGGUGUUCGAUACCGCAGCAGAUCCAACGCUUCCUACUCUUCUCGUUCUCGUUCGAGAUCACCCGGGCCGCGGCGACGAGGUGGGGUUGGUAAUGUCGCGGGAAGGUUCGAUGACGUCGAUGACAGACGACGCAGCCGCAGUUAUGACAGCUACAGAGGCCGAAGCCGGUCUCGAAGUCCGAGGAGCCACCGAUGA